CGACAAAGAAACACAACACAGUGACCCAACAUUAACAGAGAGAGGAGAGCGUGUGAGUCAGAGGAGAGAGACACAGAAGGAGAUGAUGAUGGGCAGGGGAGGCAGAGAUAGAGAGGAAAGGGAUGAGGAGGAGGGCAAGGGUUUGCUGUGGAAGCUUCCAGUUAUCAAAUCCCCGCAACUCGGGAAGGUGGGUCCCGCCUUUGGUGUCGGCGUCGGCUGUGGCUUGGGCUUCGGCGUCGGCCUCCUCGGCGGCUUAGGAUUUGGUCCUGGGAUUCCUGGCUUACAAGUUGGCUUUGGCCUUGGUGCUGGAUGUGGGGUCGGCUUAGGAUUCGGCUACGGGGUCGGCAAGGGCAUUGCUCAUGAUGACCAUCGGAGAUACUCUAAUGUUGGCAAUCUUUUUCAAGGAGCAAAUGUUGGCAUUUCUCGUGCUUCUGGAAAUCUGCCUACUCAGGAUGAUAUUGGUGCACUUGUUGAGGAGCUUGUUGAUAAUACAAAGAAACUUGUGAGAGCUACUACAAGAGAAAUGGACAAGUGGAGAAGAUGAGUUCUCUUUUGUGACUUGAGCUUGCUGAGUUGUUAGUGUAGAUUUGAAUUGAUUAUGAUUUACUAAAUACUGUUAUGUAGCUAAAGUCUAUUAGUACUCUUCUAUAGACUACAGUUUCUUGAAAUGAACGCUUAAAAUGAUUAGAUCUAUGUCUUUUAAAUGUGCAAUAAAAAUGAGAAAGAAAGGUGCGCUUCUAAUGAUCGAAUGAAUUGUACAAUUUUAGA